UGUUGACAUACCACGUGGUCCGACUUCUCAGUGCCUUUAAGAGACACGUAACAAACUACACUAAGUGUCUCUAAUCGGUCUCCGUCCAGGACUAACCGGUCGACCUCCGUGCCUUGUCUUACUUAACUAGUUUUCACUCGCCGACUUCUAUCGUUCGACUCGAUCGCCCAGUCACUCCGACUCGACCGUUCCUAUUACCGUUGUGCGGAAAGUGCCCAUGCAUGCCCCUGUAAACGGGCGCUAAAUGCUCUCCUAAGUAGACGUGAAAUGACGGUAACGGGCGCCGCGAUGAUGCAAACAAUGCAGCCGUGUUUUGUGGGUUAUCCAUUUCAGGGCAUGACUUCCCCGGCAGGGCAAGGGCGGGUCAACCAGCUCGGGGGCGUCUACAUCAACGGACGUCCUCUGCCCAACCACAUAAGGCUCAAGAUCGUGGAAAUGGCCGCCGCCGGGAUACGCCCCUGCGUCAUCUCCCGCCAGCUGAGGGUCUCCCACGGCUGUGUGUCUAAGAUCCUAAACAGAUACCAGGAGACUGGCUCGAUCCGCCCGGGGGUCAUCGGCGGGUCCAAGCCCCGUGUGGCCACCCCGGAGAUCGAGAGGAAGAUCGCCGACUACAAGAAGGAGAAUCCGGGAGUCUUUUCUUGGGAGAUUCGUGAUAGACUCAUCAAAGACGGCUUGUGCGACCGAAACACGGCGCCGUCCGUCUCUGCGAUCUCCCGGCUUCUUCGAGGGAAGGACGAAGACGAGGAUCCAAAGAAAAGCAAAGAUGCUGUCAAGCAAACCUGUUCGGGCUCUGACGUCGAGGAUGGCUCCGAGGAUGAGGACGACCCUCAGAUGAUGCUCAAGCGAAAGCAAAGACGCUCCAGGACGACCUUCACCGCCCAUCAGUUGGACGAACUCGAGAAGGCUUUCGAGAGGACACAAUACCCUGACAUAUACACACGUGAAGAAUUGGCGCAAAGGACUAAACUCACUGAGGCACGGAUCCAGGUGUGGUUCAGCAACCGGCGGGCGAGGCUCAGGAAACAGAUGGCGUCCGGAAGUAUCACGAAUUUCAACGCAAUGGGCCUCCCGAUGUCUUACCCGUCGGCGCCGUCUUCGUACAUGUUCCAAGGCUUCUCCGACCACGGCUCCAGCUUCUCCUCGCAGUCACAAGACGCCAGCGGGCUGUACCAGGGGGGUUCCGGAGGCCUCCACCAGGGUGCCUUGGCGACGGAGGCGCGGGCGGCCAACAUG